AGAUCAUUGAUUGAAGUCAUUGGAUAUCAAUUCAAAAGUGUUCAGGAAGAAUGGUAUUCCAAAAGAAGAUGAUGAAAUGGUUGGGAGCAUUCAUUUUGAUUACGUUGAUGGAUCCUGCAUUGGCUCCAAAGGAAGAAAUAAUUAUGACAAAAACUGACAUUAUACCUAGAAACAAAAAAGAGUAUCUAGAAUAUACAAAAAAUAUUAACUGCUCUAAUGGUACUUAUCCACAUUAUGCCGUAAGUAGUAAAGCAAAAGAAACAUAUAUUGUUUGUUGGAAGGAAACAACAAUACAAGGCUUUUGCUUAGAAUUUAAUUUUGGUGGGAAUAUUGUACAACCCAAUGUUCUAGCAGAUUGCAGAAAUUACAGUCUCUCUCCCUGUCAGGAACAUUAUUCUUCUAUAGAAAGCUAUCUGAUUUUUGAAUGCUUUCAAAAGUAUGGAGGUGUGCCAUCACCAAGGCAACAGAAGGAAAUCAACGCAAAAAUACUGGAAUCAAGUGAGAAACAAAAUAACUUUUUGAAAGGUCGCAUUGAAUCUAAACAAAAUGAGCUAUAUAGAGCUUGGGUAUUUUUUGGAAUAUCAUUGUGUGGCAAUUUUGGAUUCAUUUUGGUAAAAAUAAUCCCAUUGUUAAGAAAUUGGUACACUAACAAUAAAGGUAAUGGGAAAACUACAAGAACGGAAGAAAAAGACCAAAGUGAGGAGACCAAGAAAGAUGAGCCAGGUGUUGAAGAUAAACUUAUUGAAGAAGCAAAUGCCAAUGACUGCCAAGCAACAUCUUCAGCAAUAACAGUGAGUGAAGAGACUAAGAUAUCUGUUCAGGAGGACACAGAGCCAGCCAGAGAAUUCCAUGACAAGAGGGCUAAGCCAACUAUCAGACAAAAUUUCCUGAACAGGGUAUUUGACAAUGUGACACAGAGCCCCUGAUAUCUCCUGAUAAUGUAUAGCAGGUUUUCUUGGUGGGUGUAAAAUUUGGCGUUUUGCAUGCUUAAAGGUAUGCCAAUAAUUUGGGCGUUAUUUAUUUCAGUGGACACAGAGUUCCAGCACUUUGCAAAAGAACAUCAAGAAGAAAACUUAAUAUUUUAGCAAAUAAAAUUUUAGUGGGCUACUACAAAAUGCUAAAAUAAGCCAAAAUUAGCACCCCGCUGAAAUAACCUGCUAUACAGUAAUAUGAAGGAAAAAACAAAAAAAACAUUCCAGCAUUGGACUGUAUCA